AUGUCGGCAAAUUUGUUAGUUUCGGCGUCAAAAGAUGUUAAAAUAUGGGAUUUAAAGUCAAUACCUGGUGAUAAGAAUUCCAAUGAAAUUGAGACAUCAAAGAAUAUUAUUCCAGAACAAUUGCUUGGUGUUGAAGUUUCUUCGUUUGCUCCUCACGAUGCUUCAACUGGAGUCGGUGUAGUUCGUUGGAACCACGACAAUCAGCUAUUGGCUGUAGUGGGAAAUGAAGGAACUCUUACAAUACAUGAUUCGCAAGGAACAUUCAUAGAAACAAUACCGUCGAAUAAUCAUGGAUCAGACGAUUACACAAAAAUUAGUUCGCUUCGCUUUUCAGAUAAAUCACAAUAUGUUUUAUUUGGAGGUUCUGAUAAGAUUGUUAAUAUUUGGGAUCGUAAAGGAUCAAGUUUUCUUGAGCCUUUGGAGGGACACAGUAGUGCUGUAACAUGUAUUGAUUUGAAUUUGGAUGAAUCCAUUGUGGCUAGUUCUGCCUUAAAUGGAAACAUCAUUAUUCAUAAUCGACAAAAAUCCAAUUCACGGAAUAAUUUAACUGUAUUGACGAAACAACCAAUAAACGUUUUGCAAUAUUCAUAUGUCAAACGAGGUCUGUUGGCUGCUGGUGGUGAAGAUGGAUCAUUACGAUUGUGGGAUACCAGUGGAUCUACGACAGCAAUACAGACAUAUGAAAAAGCCCAUCACUCAGAGAUUAAAGGAAUAGCCUUUUCGCCUUCCAAUUCACAUUUGUUGUUAAGUGCAGGAAUGGAUAGGCGUAUCGUUAUGUAUGAUGUUGGCAAAAAAGAAUGUCUGAAAAAUAUAUACACAGAAUCGCCUUUGACGUCAUUGGCCUACAGGGCAGACUGUGUCACUAUAGCAGUUGGUACGCUGCAAGGCAAGAUUUUGAUAUAUGACUUGCGUUCGCUCAACAAAGUCAUGUGUACAUUAAACGGAUGCGAAUCUCGGCCUAUUCAAUGUUUACAUUUUCAGGAGAAAGGUCGUGCUUCCAUGCGCCGCGCUACCUUGAGUAAGAAUAAGAAUAGUCAUGUUAGAACAUCCUCAAGAGGGACGACACUUCCCGCUUCUUCUUCUAACAGAUCAGCGAAGGGUGUGGCAGCGAAAUCAUCAUCUCCGGUCCUUAGUGAAUCAAAGGGAAAAAAUUACAUGGACAUGUUUUCGCCAGUUAAGAAAGUGGUUAAGGAUGAUAUCACUUCCGAUGACACCUUUUCUAGUAGCACAGAAAAUAACAUUGAUAAUAAUAAGAACCAUAAUGGGGCUGCUGACGAAAACGUUAAUACUAGAAACAUUAUUGAUAAAAAUAGGAUUCGCGUGACCCAUAGUGUAGCUUCUGACGAAAACGUUGAUACUAAAACCAUCAUUGAUGAUAAAAUCCACGUGAAUCAUAUUAGAACCGCUGACGAAAACGUUAUUACUAAAAACAUCAUUGGUGAUAAGAACCAUAGUAGAACUGCUGAGGAAAACGUUAUUACUAAAAACAUCAUUGAUGAUAAGAUCCAUGGUAGAACUGCUGAGGAAAACGUUGUUACUAAAAACAUUACUGAUGAUAAGAUCCAUGUGAAACAUGGUGGAGCCGACGAAAACGUUAAUACUAAAAAUAUGAUUUAUGAUAAGAACCACGUGAACCAUAAUAGAGCCACUGACGAGAACGUUACCGCUAAAAACAUCAUUGAUGAUAAGACCCAUAAUGGAGCUGCUGACGAAAAUGUUAACACAAUAAACACAGCAACAAAUUUUCAGCUUCAAGUUAUUGGAAGCGUUGUUGAUGAAUGUUUACAAGACUUCCGGAUAUCAUUACGAAACGAUAUACAAAAUAUGCAUUUGGAAUUGUUACGACAGUUUCACAUUCAAAAGAUGGAAUUAGAGACGAUGUUUUUAAAAAAUCGAGGAGAAACUAUGGCAUUACGUGAAGAAGUCGAACGACUUCAAAACUUGCAAACUUAUUGA